AUGAAAGGCAUACAGAUCAAGGAAUAUGUCAAGGGACCAGAAGAUCUCAAAGUCCUCGACCUUCCUACACCGACACCGAAAUCCAACGAAUACCUCAUCGCCAUCCAUGCCUCGGCAACCAACUUCUUCGAUCUCCUUCAGAUUCGCGGCAAAUACCAGCAUCAACCCGCGUUUCCCUGGGUAGCCGGUUCGGAAUUCUCCGGUGUCGUGCUCAAAGCGCCGACCUCCCUCGCAGGAGGCAAGACACCAAAGUUCAAGGAGGGUGACAAGGUCUUUGGAGCUUCUCAAGGCGGUUACGCAACACACAUAGUCUGCACAGAGGAGAAACUCAAGGGAGUACCUGAGGGAUGGAGUUACGAAGAUGCGGCUGGCGUGUUCGUUACAGCACCAACAAGCUAUGCGGGUUUGGUGGUUAGAGCAGGCAUCAAGAAGGGUGACUGGGUACUCGUUCACGCAGCAGCCGGUGGUGUCGGUCUAGCCGCCGUGCAAAUCGCUAAAGCCUUUGGCGCAACCGUAGUAGCCACAGCUGGCACUUCGCACAAGCUCGACGUCGCGCGAUCGUUCGGCGCAGACUACGCUGUCUCCUACCGAGACAAGGACUGGCCAGAACAAGUGAAGAAGCUCACGCCCAAGGGCCGUGGCGUAGAUAUCGUAUACGAUCCUGUUGGUCUGAUCGCUCAGUCCAUGAAAUGCACGGCCUGGAACGGCCGACUGUUGGUCAUUGGAUUUGCGGCGGGCGAUAUCGAGAAGAUGGCUACGAACCGCAUCUUGCUCAAGAACGUCAGUGUUGUGGGGCUGCAUUGGGGUGCGUACGCAAUAAACGAGCCGGAAAUGCAAGACAAGGUCUGGGACGGCAUCUUCCAGCUUGUCAAGGAAGGAAAGUACAGGGGCACUGCUUUUACCGAUACCGAGUACGUAGGUUUGGAGAGCGUACCCGCUGCGUUAAAGGCGUUGGGUGGACGUGAUAGUUGGGGCAAGGUCGUUGUCAAGGUACCGCAAGAAGGAGAGAGUAAGCUGUAA